GUGUGCGUCACUUCCUGGCUCUGCGUCUGACGUGUCUGAAACAGUUUUGCACUGGUGGUGGAUUUUAUCAUCUUUUAAGAAUUACCUGAUACGUGGGGGCAAGAUGCUGGACUUCUUCACCAUCUUCAGCAAAGGGGGGAUAGUGCUGUGGUGUUUUCAGGGGGCCGGGGUCAGUGAAUCCUUCACGGGGCCCGUCAACGCGUUGAUCCGCUCCGUCAUCCUCCAGGAGCGAAGUGGGAAUAACUCCUUCUCCCAUGAGGCCCUGAGUCUUAAAUACAAGCUCGACAAUGAGUUUGAGCUCAUUUUUGUGGUGGGUUUUCAAAAGAUCCUGACGCUGACAUAUGUGGACAAGUUCAUAGAUGAUGUUCAGCUUCAUUUUAGAGAUCGUUAUAAGAAUGAGCUGGAGCAGAAGGGUGCGCUGAAGCUUCUUAACAAUAACUUUGAAUUUGAGGACGACUUCACGAUGCUUCUAAGAGAGGCGGAGGAGAGCAGCAAAGCUCGGAGCCACGUCCCCAUGCGGUCCUUCAAGGAGUCAGAGAAAUCCCAAAAAACUGUGAAAUCCAUGAUUGAGACAAAGGGUGGGGACAAAAACAAGGAACAGGGUGGCAAGAAGAAUAAAAAUACCAAAAAGGAGGCUCCUGUGGCUGAGCCUGCCAAAGUUGACAAGGGCAAGGUCACAUCUUCUGGGCAGAAGACGGUUGAGAAUGGUAACCAGGGCUUGACUCCUGAGGAGGACAUGCAGAAGAAGAGAGAGGAAUUCUUUCGCAAGCGCAUUGUUGGAACUACUGAAAAACCGAGUAGUAAGUCUCCAAAGCCCCAGAAACCAAGGGAGAAACAAAUGCGUGUUUGGGACAUUGGUGGUAGCAGCACCAAGGGGCUCGACUACAGCAAAACUAAAAGAGAUGGCUCCACUAAUGGUGACGAACAGAGCCUGGAUACCAAAAUUGACCCAGGGAUGCAGGUGAGCUCCAUGGAGGGAGACCUGCCGCCUGUGGACUACGAGUCCAGUGAGGAAGAGGAGAUUGAGGAAGAGGAUGAGAGAGUGGUUGUGAAUGAAACAAGCAAGAAAAGCUCCAAAAAGGGUGGCAGCUUUGGAGGCAUGUUUGGGAUGCUGAAGGGCCUGGUGGGCUCCAAGAGCCUGAGCAGUGAUGACAUGGAGCCAGUGCUGGAGAAGAUGAAGGACCACCUCAUCACAAAGAAUGUAGCAGCCGACAUUGCCUCCAAGCUCUGUGACUCUGUAGCCAAAAAACUGGAGGGGAAAGUCAUGGGCACAUUUACCACUGUGGCCUCCACAGUAAAGCAGGCCCUACAGGACUCGCUGGUGCAGAUCCUGCAGCCCAAGCGAAGGGUGGAUAUUCUGAGAGACGUCAUGGAGGCACAGAGCCAGCGAAGGCCUUUUGUCAUCACAUUUUGUGGUGUCAAUGGUGUCGGAAAGUCCACCAACCUGGCCAAGAUUUCCUUCUGGCUGAUAGAGAACGGUUUCACAGUGCUGAUCGCAGCCUGUGACACUUUUCGUGCCGGGGCAGUGGAGCAGCUCCGCACUCAUCAGAGGCGCCUGAACUCUCUGCAUCCCCAGGAGCAGCACGGUGGAAGGCCCGUAGUUCAGCUCUAUGAGAAGGGCUACGGCAAGGAUGCGGCUGGAAUCGCCAUGGAGGCCAUUGCCUAUGCUCGCAACCAGGCUUUUGAUGUUGUGCUGGUGGACACUGCUGGGCGUAUGCAGGACAACGCCCCCCUCAUGACAGCCCUGGCCAAACUCAUCGCAGUCAACAUGCCUGACCUGGUGCUGUUUGUUGGGGAGGCUCUGGUGGGCAACGAGGCGGUUGACCAGCUGGUGAAGUUCAACCAGGCUCUGGCCGACCACUCCAUGUCUGACAAGCCUCGGCUCAUUGAUGGAAUUGUUCUCACCAAGUUUGACACCAUUGACGACAAGGUUGGUGCUGCCAUUUCCAUGACGUACAUCACGGGCCAGCCCAUUGUGUUUGUGGGCACGGGGCAGACCUACAGCGACCUGCGCAGCCUCAACGCCCGCGCCGUGGUCGGCGCCCUGAUGAAGGCUUAAGCGGCCGCAUGUUCAGCUGUUUGUUCAUCGUCUAAAACAAUGUUGCCACACUGCCGUGAGAUGUUCCAGCCCUGCAAGCCUUCGUCUCUCAUCCUCCUGUCUCUCCUGCUAUACUUCGCAUCCAAUGAAGAACUCGUGUCACACACAGGACUUUUAUUCUCCCAGUAAAGGACAAGUGAGCACUUUGACAAAACAGGUCAAUUUGCAAAUCGAAGCCACAGGAUCAUUUCUAAACUUUUGGGCCGAACUGAAAAGUACCUCCAACAAUGAAGUCGCAUCCAAAUGACAUUUUAGCUACAUGGAUCUAGGCUGUAAAUGUCAUUAGUUUACUGGUUCACUCAGUAAAAGACUUUGAAAACAAAGUCCCCACCUGGCAUUUUGUCAGUCACUUUUCCCCCUCUGUGUAAAUGAGGUCAGGUCAUGAAGGCUGGCUGGAUGUGACAUUUCAGCAGCUGCCGGUGCCUGAGGAAAGCUUAGUGACCAUAGUGCCUAUCUGUCACUGCAUACGAUGUUUUUCCAUCAAGAGUACCACGACAGUUACGGUGUGAAACCACUCCUCAUCCAGUGAAGGUGUCUGAAUCUUGCUACAUUCACACUACUACAUUUUAAACAUGUCAGUGACUGCAGCUAUUGAUACUCCUGGCAUUUUAGUUUGAAAACUCUGCAGCUACAUUAUAGUCUGAAAGGGCAGAAACAAAGAUGUUUGGAAACGAUGACGUUACACAGCAGCUUGCAGAUUGAGUCUUUUCGUUCACGUCAUAGUGUGCGCUUAUUCGUUGACGAGUAAUGCUCUUAGAAAUGCUCCGCUGUUUUUGUUUUGCCAUGACUCCCAGUCUUGUGUUUUCUGCUUCCAUGGCUGCCUAAUACUCCAGUCACAGUUCCACCUCGUUGUCGGUCUAUUAAGCAAAGAAAUCCCUGCUUUUACUUUGUGCCAUUGGGGUCUCGUGUGUAGCAUCUUUAUGCAACUAACAACCAACUGCAGAGUAAACUUUCUGCUUCCUGUGCACACUGGCAAACGUAUGCCCAAUGUACAUGAGUGUUGCGUGAUAAGGGUUUAUGUGUAUUAGUUUGGACAGGGACUAAAACUGAUACAUAGCCAAAAAGGCUGGUGUGGAUGGACAUUGCUUUUGUUUUAAAAUUGCAUUUUAAAAUGUAGUAUUGUGGAUGUAGCCUGUUUACACAUCAGCCAUAGAAUUCAUCAAGUAUCAAGUCAGUGGAUGUUGUAAUUCUCAAGUUUAUCUACAGCUAAACACACUAAUGGAUGGAUUAUCUUCCAGAGCUCCUCACCUACAUAACUGGUAACUGUUAACACAUUCUCAUCAUGAUGUGGAGACCUGGUUUUAUGAAAGAGAAAAGUAUACUCCCUCAGUUUGAUUAAAAGCAGACAGAUAUUUUGUAAAAAACUUUUUAGUUCUUACAAGUCAGAUCUCAGAUGGGCCUUUAUAUUUAUGUUUUCACUCUUGAUUUAUAUGAAGAAAUGUAUGUUUCAAAUAUCUCUACUCCCCCUUUAAUUUUAGGUAGAGCAAUAUGAGAGAAUCCGGAGUUAUACAGAAGAUUUGAGCUAAUUUAUGAGAAUGUAAACAUUUCUAAAUAAAGCUGCUAUAUGCUACGACGGCCUGUAAAGUG